CUCCCCGACAUCAUAUUAUUGCUUAAAGUAUCAAUCGAGGCCAAAAACGUCGACAUUCUACGCUAUCUCCUCGAUACCUUCAAGCCAGACAGCGAAGAAUACCUCUUCCGAUAUGCGGUCAUAGAAUCCCUAAACUAUGACCGAACCGAGGAGUUCAAGGUGCUGAGCGAAUACAACCCAAAAGUCUUAACGCGGGACAUAAGCCAUACAGGAAAUGCUCUUGCCCAUGCAGUCUUGGUAAAUAAUAUUCCAUUGGCAUCUUUUCUGCUUACUCAUGGCAAUGAUCCGAACGAGUGCCGGUUUAUGAGCAAACCUCCAAUUGCAUCUGCGACAUAUCUCAGGUACCACGCGAUGAUAAAAUUGCUCAUUCAGCAUGGAGCUGGAAUAGAUGGCACGCAUGCGCUGUUUAUGGCUGUGGAAAGUGGUUGUGUGGACACGCUUCGCCUUUUG